AUGUCAUUCGACUUCGAUUUGACAGCGCCUUUCCAGCAGGCGUUCACAACUCGGGAUCAGCACGAGCAUCGGCAUAAAGUGCGUCCGGUUCAGAUAAUUGCACCAUCCUCGACAGGAAAUGGAAAGUUUCGGUUGAAUGAAAGUGCACUCAACUCGGUUCUUGGACACUCGGCAUGCGCUAAUAAAAAGGUCGGCACAUCAUGA